AUGACAAAAUCUCUUCUAUUAACUUUGCUCCUGUUUGUGUCAUAUCCAUUAACAGCCACCGCUAUAGAACUCUUAAUGAAUAAUAAGGCAUACGAUGACCAGUUAACCCUUAACAUCUCUGAGUCUGCGAACCUUCGUUGUGACGUUACCAGCAACACUGCAGAUGAGACCUUGAUCUGGUACCGUGGGACCCAGCAGGUGAACAUUAAAUCUGAGAAUAGUGUGAACACCAGUAACGUGUGCAUCCCAGAGCUGACCACUGCAGACAAUGGAGUGAGCUUUACUUGUCUAUUGAAGAGUAACACCACCAUCAAACGGUCCCUACAGCUGAAUGUUCUGUUUUCUCCUGAGCUAACUGGAGACUCUCAAAUCACUGUGGAAGUGGGUAAAAAUGUUCAAAUAACCUGUGGAUUCAAGGCCAACCCAGCAGCUAUAAUGUUUUGGAGACAAAAUGGCAGGGUAUUCACUCUGACCUCAAGAUACUCGGUAUCCAUGACCACUAACAGUCUGCAGCUCUCUAUUACCAAGGCGGAAAUGACAGACACAGCUAAUUACAGUUGUGUAGCAUUAACGGACAAUGGCAAUGAAACCAUCAGUGUGUUUGAGCUAAUUGUUGAAGAUCGAAAGGCUGUUCUACCUGUGGAAGCAAUUGCAGCAGCAGUGGUAGUAGGAGCCCUCAUUAUUGCCUUUGGACUCUUUGCACGGAGAGAUCACAUAAUUAAAUGUAAGAAGAGUCGGCAUGACACUGCUAUGUAA